AUGGCACGCACACCAUUGGAUGCCAGCCAGAGAGAGCACUUGAUGCCGAUUACGCAUGCCUUCGACCCGGUGGAGACCUCCAGAGCUUCCUUCGACCCAGAGGCUUUCAAGUUUCUUCAAGUCUCAGGCACAGGAGCCGGCGGACCAGGAUGCUAUUCGAACUCAAUUACCCUAUGUCCUUCCAAAAUGUCGAUCCCCUGGCCUAGCUACUUUCUCGGUUGUAGACAAGGCAAGCAUUGGAAAACAGCAGAGAGCAUGACAAAAGAACUUCUGGACGCUAUCUACAAGGACUCACGUAAAGAAGCUGAGGCGGAUGGAAAGCUCCCCCUGGAGCUGGAGGACACAUCGUCUGAUAUCAGGACACGAAAGGAGAUCGAGCUCGUCUCAACAUCGGUGAAGUCCGCUACGUACAUGUAUCCAGAUGCGAGCCCGGUAAGAGCGGGCAUGAUCGCCCAGCUCAUGUUGCUUAUUUUCCUGCAUGAUGACGUCGUAGAAAAUUCUCCGCUUGAAGCAGGAUCUACAAUUGCAGACGCGACAUUCGCUACAUACGCGCCAAUGUACGGCAGCGUACAGAGACCUCGAGGCGCGCUGCGUCGUUUCUUGGCAGCUAUCGACGAGGAAGAACCUACCCUGGGAAAAGGCCUUCUUACGAGCGUGUUCACCUGGUUCGAACAUACUAAGGGAUAUCAAUCGAUUCCACCUAAAGUCUUUGAGUCCUUGAGAAACUACCUUGAUUAUCGGUCUGAUGAUAUUGGACGGGAACUUCUCUUAUCAAUGGCCUUGUUCGCUUGCGAUGUCCACCUCGUCGAGGGCGAAAGAAAGGCCCUGGCUACCCUGAUUCGGCUCUAUUCGGACCACGUCUCUCUCACAAACGACCUUUAUUCGUUUGACCGGGAGUAUGGAGAGCACCAGCGAACUGGCGCCCUCUUUCUCAAUGCAGUCGAUCUGGUGUGCAAGUUGUACCAGGUCUCGGAGGCCACAGCGAAGCAAUUGGUUGUAGGGUUUACUUUGGAAACGGAGUGUGCGUUUUCCGAGGAGCUCAAGAAAUUGACAUCAUCGGGCCAGAUGAGCGAGGGGCAGAUCCGUUUCGCCAAGGCGUUGACUGAAUGUCUGGCCGGGCAUAUCCUUUACUCGGCGACAUCUGGGCGUUAUGGGGUUGCAAAAGCCGCAAGAGGCGUUUCCGCAUGA